UUUGUAAAUUAUGACAUUAAAAAAGUGGGUCAUAUAAAUUCUCCUUUGUCCAUAUCAUUUCUCUCUCCCUCUCCCUCUACCACAACAUAACCCACACAUUUGAUUUCUGUAUAUACAAAAUGUCAUCAACCGGCAACCUUGACGUUACCGGAAAUUCACCUCAAAAUUACUACUGCUACGAAUGUCAACACACUGUCACCUUACCAACAAAUUCCGAACUCUGUUGCCCUAAUUGCAAUUCUACAUUCUUAGAACAAUCCGAUACCGCCCCGGCCCCACCUCCACAUCAUCCAAUUACCCAUAACAGCAACAAUCCCUUUGAAAAUGACCUUUCUGCCCUCUUCGGUGGAGUCGCUUUUUCGGGCCGAUCACCUAAUGAAUUCGACCCGUUUGCGUUUCUUAAUGACUAUUUAAGAGCUGCUGCUGGUGAUGCAAAUAUUCAAUUAGUCUUUGAAAACAAUAAUGAGUUUGGGUCAGGGUUACCGGGUAAUUUUGGUGAUUAUUUUCUUGGGCCGGGUUUGGAGCAACUGAUCCAACAAUUAGCAGAGAAUGACCCGAACCGGUCCGGCCCACCACCUGCAGCGAAAUCAGUUGUUUUAGGGCUUCCUGAUGUUAAGGUUAGUGAUGAAUUGUUGAAUUCAGAUUCAUCACAAUGUGCUGUUUGUAAAGAUUGUUUUGAAGUGAAUGAAUUGGUGAAACAAAUGCCUUGUAAGCAUAUAUACCAUAAAGAUUGUAUAUUACCUUGGUUAGAAUUGCAUAAUUCGUGCCCGGUUUGUCGGUAUGAGUUGCCAACUGAUGAUACUGAUUAUGAGAAUAUGAAAACAACAUCACAACAACCGACAAAUACUAGUAGCAAUAACAACAAUGACAACAUACCCAGUGUAAUCCCACGAGUGGGGUCUGGAAAUACUAGUAGGAAUAACAACAACAUACGCAGUGUAAUCCCACAAGUGGGGUCUGGAAAUACUAGUAGGAAUGCUAAUACUAAUAACAAUGCUGGUGCUGGUUGGUUUUCUUUGGGUUUAGAAGGUAUAGGAAAUCAAGAGAAUCCUUUAAUACCGAGAACCGUGGAGAGAAGGGUUAGGAUUUCGUUACCAGGGUUGUUAAGGGGGUUGGGAUCGCAUGCCGAGACAAGCGACAGUCAAGGUGGGGGAAGCAAUAGCAACAAUGAUAGUGGUAGCAGUAAUACUCCUGGGGAGUCGAAUCCAUGUUCUGGAGGACAAACAAGGAUGGAGGAUCUUGAUUAAAAUUCCAGAUGCUGGCUGAACAUUCUUUUUCUGAUAUCUACUCUUAGGAGUGUUAUUCCCAGUAUGAGAAACUGAGGCACUUCCCAAACUUUUUAUCCCAGCAAUUUUGCCAGCGGGACCUACUGCCUCAUUUGAUUGCGGGGUACAAUUCAAAUGAGCUCGACUGAUAUGGGAUACUUGUGCAAUCCCACGUUCCUGCAGUGAAAGUGGACUCUUACUUCUACCCAGGUCCUUUGAAAUGAGUUUUUCCUGAUUUGUAUCUGCUGAUUUCGAUGAUAAAAUUACAUCAACAGCACUAGGAAGCUUUUUAUUCAAGGGAUCAUCAUCUAACUCAUCAUCAACCUGUGAGAAAUCCAAGUUUUUCAAGUCACAAUUGCCUACAUUAGCAUCCUUCUGAAUUCUUUUCCAUUUAUAAUUUUCUUGAUUUUUUUUUUUGUUUGAGAAUGUGAUCGUUAGAUCAUAAUUUCCAGCUAUACUUGAGUUUUUUUGUAAUCUAAUAUUGUAUGCAUUGUCCUGGCACUUGCCACCCCGUAACUUUGGCCAGGUUCUUUUUUUUUUUUUUUUUUUUUUUUUUUUUUGAGAAUGAAAUUGGCCAGGUUCUUAGUUGACAGGAAACCGUCUAAUAUCAGACUAGUUAUUAGCCAAAAUAA